CUCCUGUCCUAACCUAUUGCCGGAGUAUGAUUAAAGAGUGGGAAAAUCGCUUUCAGAGGUUUAGAAGCCAAAGAGCUGGACAUCUGAAGGCCCAGGAAGGGACUACUGCUGAGGGUGGGCAAGAUAACAAAAAGCCAUCCAAGAUCCCCAGUGUCACCCAUCCCUCGGUAGCCCAAGACUUCCCAUACUGCAAAGAGGACAUCUGCACUGCAACACCUCUGGGGAUAUGGACAGCAUUCUACAAAUCAGACCCACGCAUUGCCCUUGGAAAAUACUCCCCAAUGGAACAAGAGAUCCUACAUCUCGGUGGUGUUCACACCAUAGCAGCAAGAAGAUUUUUGGCUGACAAGCACAACAAAGAAUGGAGGAUGCUGAGGGAACUACAGGCACAAUCACCAGACUACAAAAAGGCAACAAAAUACAGAAAAGAGUUCUCCUCUUGUUCUGUGUGUGGACCCCCAGAAAAAAUAUGGACAGCAAAUGUGGUUGUGCCUGCGGAGGAAUUUAAAAUGCCCUGCCGAGAGAUGAUCAACAUCAACAAGCAUAUAAAAAGGAUGCAGCUGGCGCGAGCCUUGAGAAAUAAGCAGUUUUCGCCAUACAUUGAAAGGCUCCGGAGUGCCACAUUGUUGUCUGGAGCAGAACUGGAUUCCACUGGAACAGACAAGUCCAGUGAAGAGGCAGACAACUCUGACAGGGAUAACUGUGAUAAAGCCACCCAAGAGGAGAAAGGGGAGGCAGAGUUCAAGCCCACAAAAAGACGAGAGAUUGCAAUGAACGUGACUUUCAAGUCAGAAGAACGCAAAGGGUGUUUGAUAUGCCAUCGGAAUGAUCGGAAAACUUUCCUCCCCACGAAGAAGAGGCAGGAGCGGUGCAUCACCGGCAUGACGAACAGAAACCUCUUCCCCAUCACUAGCUUCCCUGGAGACCUGAUGCUCAUGAACCAGGAUUUUAUAUCACGGGGGAUCCACCCGAGUGAUGCCAUUAAUAUCUACUGGCUGCCAGAAGAAGACACCUACAAAGCACACAAGCGCAAGGCCGUUCGCUGCCGGUAUUGAAGCUCUAGUCCC